UUUGUUUGUUUUGUAAUGAACAUCAUAUAGAAAGCAGUGAGGUGUAACAUUAAUGACUGAAUUCUGUUUCUUUUUGUACAUCUGUGGAGUGGGCCAACGGACAGUUGUUUAUCGACCAACAGAUGUCCUCUCUUUACAUUAUGUUGAUGAGAAGUUGUAGGACGCAUCACAUGCUGUGGCAUUUAUCUUUUAUCUUUCAUUCAGAUACAAGCCGACGCCCUCACAGAGGAUUCUGUCAUCAUAUUUUGUGGGAGGACAAUAGAAACAAGUGAGAGCGGAGAAAGUCUCAGAACUCAUGCAGCCAGUUUGUUAAUUGUCUGAAAACAUUUGAAUGACAAAAAUGCUAACUUUGCUCAGAGGAAGAGAUAUUACCACGGCAACUAAUGUGCCCCGGUGUUAUUGAGGUGCGACUAUUUGGCAGCGAAAACAAGUUGACCUUGAAGAGGAGAAAACAGUCUUUCCUGGACAGAUGUUUUAAAACAAAGGAAACCACAGGGCCUUAUCAGGAUUAACAGACGACAAAUGAAAGACCACCAUUUAGUCAGUGUUAAUAAUCCUACGUUGUUAAUACACAUUUUUUUCUGUCUUAACACAACUGAGGGAGGAAAACACAGGGCAGAAUGUGACGUACUUCUUCACAGCUGCCGGUGGUGGACUCGUUCCUGGGGUUGGCUCUCUGUCUCUAUGGCGUGUUGCCUCUUGUUGAAACCUCGACUACGUCAACAAGUUGCACCAUGCAGUCAUCGGCUCAGAUACAACAUCUGAACCAUAGCACUUGGAUUUGGCUCACUGUUCGUCUGAUAUACUACAUUCCUGGAUGGUCAUAUCAAAAGAUUUAGAUAACUAAAUAUUCAGGAGGAACUGGUAUUGAUGUCUGCUGUGCAGAGCUGGGCAAUAUGGUUGAAAUGAAUGAGCACUUUGAGUGGUCGUAGAACUAGAAAAGCGCUAUACAGGUAUAAGUCCAUUUACCAUUUAAUGUCACAUUAAUGAUAUGAUUUUUCAAUACAGAUAUGACAGAUCUAUAAAAAUAUUGCAUGCAAAAAAAUGCUUUACAUGCUUUCACACGUGCAAAACAAUUUUAAAUUACAAUGUUCAUGGAAACAUUGAACACAAUAUGAUCCUAUCAUCAGAAUAAAUAAAGGGAUAUAAAAGAUGAGAAAGUGUCCAAACCAGUUUAGUUUAAUGGCAGUAAGUAGCUUUCCAUGCCUGGCUUCCUAUUUACACUGCCCUGGGUUUGGGUGGAGAGGUGACUUCAACAGGAUGUGUUGGUGUCAUCUGUGUGAAAAAGUGAGAUGCAGGCAGCCUGAACGCAUUUCCUGUUUUUCUAAUUAAACUGUGUUCCUAUUCAAAAGCAGAAGUGGUGUAGUACAAGAGCCUACAAGGCACUUUCCACCUCUCAAUCGUCCCGUAGUUGUCAUCACACCUCCCAGACGUCCCCGACAUGAGUGUAAUUUAAAGUUGUCUGAAUGUUAUCUCAUGUGCCCUACAGAGACGGAGAUAUCCCUGCACUUGAGAACAAAGUCUGAUGAAGGAAAGCGGCCAUGUCAGAGUGAGGAGGGAUGCCUGCUGGCUCAGAUGAGGCAGCGGCAGCAGCAGCGAAAGAGAUUGGCCAUAGGAGGCAAAUGAGGACAAGGGGAGAGAAAUGGAGGCGGGAGAGUGCAGAGAGAGAGAACCUGCCAGAAAGUGACAGCAGCAGCUCAGAAAACACUGGGACGUCCACUGAGGAGAGCUCGGAGGAAGAGGAUAAGGAGGAGCAUGAGAGUUCUGGCUUUGUUGAGAAGGAUGAAGGACAGGAAGAAAACGAAGAGGCUGAUGCAGAGGAGACUAAAAAUGAUUCAGUCCCUGGACCCGAAGCAGGUUUUUCAAAUGUGAAGGAAGAGAAUCACUUCAAAGUAUGCUGUGAAAAAUGCAAAGCCAUCCAGCAGAGCCAUGGCAAUGAGCUUGUUACCCCGAGGAGGAUCUCUAAGGGACGAUUACAGGUGCAGCUUGAAGGGGAGGGCACGUACCAGUGUUCAGUCACUGGCCUGGUGUUUGAAGCGUCGGAGCAGGUCCUGGUGCGGUACUCGGUCUUGUCCUGGUCCAAGUUCGGUGCCUUUCUCCGGGAGUCCUGGAAAUUUGCUGGACCCAUCUUUAACGUGGACACAGUCAAUAAGGAGGCUUCUGUCCUCACGUCCAUUCAGUUCCCUCACUCCAUCUGCCUUGCUGAUCGAGAAAAUGAGAUGACAUUCAGUGUCCUGCACAUAAAAGACAACCGUCCACUCAUCGAGCCGACAGUGGACCACUCGGGAAGCCACGUGAAGUGGAAUGUGACGUCCCUUUCCCCCGUGGGUCCCAUCAUUCAGACGAGCCAAUCUGUAGAGCACCAUGGCGUGGUCCUGCUCUACAGGCAGCUGCGCAGUGACAACAACAACAACAACUACAGCUUCCAUAUAUACCUGGCCACCAACAGCUCGUCUGACAUCAAGGAUAUUGGCAAACAGAUGCGGCGCUACAAGAAUCGCUACCUUCCGAUAGAGAAGCCUCCCACGUGUAACCUGGAGGAGGGGACGUAUCGCCUCCUGAGCGAGCCAGAGGGAGACAUCAAACCUCAGGAUUUGAAAUUCACCCUUGCGAUGACCACGAUAAAAGGCUACUUUGAAGCUUUCUUUGAGCAGCCUCCUCCCUUUAAAUUGUCUCUCAUAGAGAUCAACACUGAGGAGACGGUGUGGUCCGGCACCAUCAGAGAAGGUGACUGUGUGGAUAACACAGAAAAGAAGCCCAGAAAAAGCCGAAAGAGGAGCAGCAGCCACUCAGAGGGCGAAACAGCCUGUAAAAGGCCUCGGUGGCAGGACGAGUCAGAUGGAGUGAAAACAGGGGUGACAGAUGGCCAGGACAUGUCAGAGAAGCAGCUACUGCAGGUGGCCAAGCGGCUCGGGAAGGAGUGGAAGCAGGUGGCCAUCUUUCUAGAAUUGAACUCCAGGGAGCUGGACGACAUCCAGGCAGCAGAGAAAGACGUGACCAUGCAGAAGCUGAAGAUGCUGGUGGAGUGGAAGAGCAGAAGGCGGCCGGGAGAGGCCACGGCGCUCCACCUGUGGAAAAGUGUGGAGGAACUGGAUAACUUGCCAAAUGAGGUCCAUCAAACACUGCAAGACAUGAUGGACAAUCGAGCAGCUAAGUGAAAAAGAUUUGCCUUAAAUGGACUGUUGGAUUUUUGUUGCUCCAUCAUCAGGAAGAAAUAUCAAACCUCAGGAAUACAACAAAACAGAGGAUGGAUAGAACAAAACAUAAGCUGGUCCAAGUUUGUGUUGUUUUUUAAAAUAUUUCUGGAAAAGAAACUGAUGUGUUUUUGUUUUGCCGUAUUUCAUUGAAAAGGGCUUUCUUGAAUACAGAAUAGAAAAGAUGCACCUAAAGCUUCCCUUGUGUAGCCAGAAUUCGAUGCUUUGCUAGGUUAAAAAAUUACCAAAAGAGGUAGAGGUCAUUGAGGUAUAUAGUAGCUAAUUAUAUAACCAGUAACAUAUGUAAAUGUAGCGAUGCAGUGUUGAAACUGCAAAAACGAAAACUGAGUAGAUCUAACCUGUGUAUCUAAUUGUUUCACUUUUAAAUGUUGUGUUUGUGGGACGUCACACGCAUGUGCAUGUGAUGGACAACUGUUUCAAACCUGUGAUCUGUUUUUUAGAGUCUGUUUUUAUGUUUAUGUCUGUUUGUGUUUUAUUUGACAACUGUACAACUAAAUGGGAUCGCAAGAGGUCCUUAAUUAUGUUUUUUUAACUUGAAUUAUGAAUCCAUUACUGCCCUGUGACUGGAACACACAUCUUGUUCAGAUAUUUUUACGAGUCAUGUUUUUUUAGGCUUAUUUCACAAAGACAAACUAUAUCGUCCGCUGCCUGUGGAAACUUUUCAGUUAAAUUCUCUCAGCAUCCACAGCUUUAUUUUGAACUAUUUUCAAAUGCCACUGUUUCCAGACAUCUCAACACUAAUUGGGAAAAGAUGCAUGAACGGCAUCUAGAUAGUUGAAUAUUUUCAGGGUCUUACAUGCUGAUAUGAUGCAGUAAUGUUUACUUAAUAACAGGGUUACUUUCUUAAACAACUCACCACCAAAAAUCAGACCCGUUCUUAUUUGCAGUUGUUUCUAUCAUGUCUGAGUCUCUCCAAAGAAUUGUAAUAAAGCAAAUGUUGACUGAAUCCAACUUUCCCCAUUAA